AUGCCGCACAUCUUGGUUCUGUGCACAGUGCUUUCGCUCUUCUACUUGCCAGAAAUAGACAGCCUUAGAGCAGGAGCAAGUUGGGCACGUGGUUUAAAAAAGAUUCAGGAUAACAUUCUAAAUCUAGCUGACCCGAUUCGAAUGUUAAGUACAGGUUCAUCACUAACAUCAGUGUAUGUAGGUGGUACUGGUAUCUGGUGGAGAUCUGGUGUAAUUGGCUCGAUUUCCCAAAUGGAGCAAGGAGAGAAAGAAAAAGCAAUGGAAACACUCAACAUCGCUAUCGCAACGCUAGCCGUGUUCGACACAACACAAGCAACAGUAUCCCCUAUCGCGUCUGGACUGAUUGAUCAGUUAGUAAAACACAAGGGAAAAUUUCCUCAAACAAUCAGUGGAUUUAAAGAGUAUAACAAAGUAGUGGCAGAACGAGUGGUCAGCGGUAAUGCAGAUGAUGUUGAUGAUAUUAUUGAUAGUGCAAAAGCAUUAAAGAGAAAAAUAGGAGAGUUUUUUGACAACGAAGUUACUACAUUUAUGAAAAAUACCCAGGGACACGACGAUCUCGUGACAAGUCUAAAAAAUGCAAAACGGUGGGCGAAGGCGUUAAAAUGGGCCGACACGAUAAGUGGGCCUCUCUUUGAUGCCGCUAAUGUUGCAUUUUGUGGCUGGCAACUGCAUAACGCAAUCAAUGAUGAAGACUCUCCACCCGAAGUGAAGUCUUUGAAUAUUGCAAGUGCAUCACUGGGGGUGGCCAGCGGAGCAGUUGGAGUGACAGCAUUCGUUGUGGGGGCAUUGGCCACGGCUGGAAGCACACUGGCUGCUGUGGCAGGUCCUGUCGGCGCUAUUAUAGGAUGCUUGCUUUCGCUUGCAGCAAUCAUCGUUGACUUGAUUAAUUCUGUGAAUCCUUACGGCACAAUAAAAGAUCAUCUUGAAACAAUACAGAAACUCAAAGAAGGUUCGCUGUUGUAUCUUCAAAACCAAGUAAACAUCACCCAUCAAGUCACUCCCGCAUUCAAGCAAAAUACUGGCUUUGACACCAUUUACGAAAUUAAUCAGGGAAAUUUGAUACAAGGGAUGCGUACCGAGUCAGUUCAACAUAUUUCGGGCGUUGAUGAUGAUCCAAAUAUCAUGUUUAAGGCUACAAUCAGUCCAGGUCAAGAGAACGGCUACCUUACAAUGGGAAAGAACCGAAUGUUUGACAAGUCAGAAUAUGGCAAUAUCAUUUUCAGGCCAAAAGGUAUAGUUCCGAUUGGCUAUGACUUCUAUGGGAACAUAACAAAACCCAACGGAAAGGGAAUGACGGUCGUUGCUAACACGGCUAUGGUCGCCGAGCUCUUUUGGAUAAGAGGAGUUAAUAUUGACACUCGAGUAGCAAACGAUGAAGAAGAGAGAAACCCUGAUAAUGUUGUGAUUGGAGAAAUGACAGGCCUUGCGUACUCAGAUCAUUCAAUCAGAGUUGAUACAGGUGCAGGGGACGACUUACUCCAGGUUACAGGAGUACCUUGCAAUUACAAAACUUAUCACCAGAACUGUUUUUGGGGUACACUUGGUACAGGAAUCAAUACAUUAUCAUUUCAAGGGAUGAACACAAAGAGACUUGAGUUUCCAACAGGCCGAACUGGUAGGGCGCCCAAAAUUCUCGUUGGUAUUAAGUACGAUAUGAGAUCCACGGGGAUGGUACCAAGCUCCGAAAUUUACUUGAGAUUGAAGGACUCACCAGUAACAGAAAGGUCACAACUACACGAAUACAGAAUCGGCUACGUAACCGGUGUUAAUGUAUUUCACGGUAUGUAUUAAACUUAAUCAAUGUUUGGCACUGUGAAACAAAUGACGGAAGAGAGAGAUAACUCGAGUGAAAAUUCAACAGCUAGAAAUAACACAUCAGAACCCACUCUUCGCCACGAUGCACCAUCAUAACUACCUACGAUUUCAAAAAGUCCAAACCUCGCAGCUUAGUAGGUAAAGCAAUGGUAGAUCUCAUCGCAUAGGGGUAUAAAGCUUUCUCUCUUUGUCUCUUGGUUUCCCUAAUUCCUUUACUAGUGUUGUUGCGGUCAUUGGGCUUUUAAUGCUUAUUUCUAGCACCUGAUUUUGUACUUCACAGCUAAUUCUCUAUUCCAUCAUUAAUAAUGUUCGCUCCGACAAGAUGCUAGCGCUCGAAAGGACAGCUUUUCAAUCUCCCAAGGGAGACAGAUCUACCUUAAAAACUCAGUUGGUACGAUCAAAUUUUUAAUUAGUUUUUAUUAUUUAACAACACUCUUACUUUUCUUAGUUUUCUUCGGCAGAAAUUGUUUUCAGCAACUUCCCUUUGGCUAAAAAUCAGCACCAGAAAGUUUUUAAAAAGAGAAUGUAAAUGAGCAAGAGUGGAACCUCGAUAGUAGGGCCAACUUCAAGUCACUGUCAAAAAUUGUUAGAUUAUAUAACGAGGUUCCAUUAUAUCGAGGUUCUCUUCCUACUGGGGCGAAGAAAAUCGUUCGUUAUAUAGCGAGACGUUUGUUAUAUCGAGGUUCACAAAACGAACACAAUGAAUGACUGCAAAUUGCUUUAAGAAGGUUGAUCAGAGAAAGAACCGACAAAAAGCAAUGGGCCCCUCCUCAGACUAGAACAUUUUGAUAAGUGAUCAAUCAUCAACAGAAGCUUAUCUAAAACCUGUCUAAAAAGACUACACUUCUUCCGUUCGGGAUCUUCUAUCAGGCAAGAGGGAAACGAUUGGGACCAAGUUGAAAGAGAGUCUCUCUGUCGCUUGAAGAAAAAAUGACACAUGCGCCAGUUCUCGCUCAUUACUGCUCCAAAAAGCAAACCAUUCCAUCUGCAGACGGCUAUCGUAUGGAUUGGGAGCGGUCAAAGACAAUAGAGAGUUUAAGCAGCGACCCACUUUAACCAGAAGUUCGCCAUUUUUAAAUUUGUAAAUGCCUUGACGCUACCAAAUCUGUAGUACUUAGUGACCUUAAUCUUAUGGAGACGAUUAGUCCAAAAAAUGUGUUCAAAGUCGCCGCUCAAGAGUGCAAAAAGUCCACUUUCGGUCGACGUGCGUCGCUCAAAAACGUCGCUGCUUAAACUCUCUAACGCCACCUUGCGCAGAGUGGAUUCAUCGGUUCGUUUGAUCUACCAUGCUUCGAGUGUUUUCGGAUCACUGAUCCUAAUCUGGAUCGUCCCAAAGGAACGCACCCUUAGUUUGGUGCGGCAAAAGCGUUAAGUAGAACUUUUGUCGAACUUAGCUUGGGCGCAAAACAUGGUGCGCCGUCUGAAUCAGAUGUCGCGCCAGUGUCGCUCCGAAGUCGAACUUAUUCAAUUAGGUUCGGCACAUGAAAAGUACGGCGUCUGAACCAGGCCUUAGUGAUAGGACUAAUAUAUGGAGGUUUUUAACAUCCAUGUUGUAAUGUAUUCGAAAGGAAAAGACAGGAAUUCGUCCUCGUCGUUGACAACUUCUCGCAAGAUUGUGAAAUCGGAGUACUACUGUCAUCUACCUGGUAAGGAAUGAUCAGCCAGAUAAAAGCCAUUAUCGCGCACCAUAUGAAAUUUCUGUAAUCAUUCGUCGCAUGUAAGGAAAUUCGGAUUCCGGAAUCCGGGAAAUUAAUGCCUGUGGAAUCCGGAAUCAAGUAAAAUUUUCCUUCUGGAAUCCGGAAUAUAGCUCAAGGAAUCCAAACUCCCACUAACGGUUGGAAUCUAGAAUCCAGUCUUAGAUUCCCUUAGAUGGAGCGAAAUUAUCUUUCACAAUUAAUAACCAUUGAAUACUAAUCCUGGCCUCCUCUCUUCCUUUCGCUUACGAUACUGCUGGGAGGAUGUCUUUAAGUGGUUUUUAUUAACUUGUCAGUACGAAAACGGCUUUUCCGUGGCCCAUGGGCUUAAGUAAAAUUUUAAUAUCAAAUAAAAUACUUUGUGACGGAAAACAUGUAUCAUCCAUCACAUUUUAAUGCAAAGACCAAAACUACUUGAUACUCUAUAUACCAAUAAGCAAAUCUCUUGAAAUGAAAAGUUCAGUUUGCUCUAAUUCAACUUUUCUUUUUAUGAUAACUUCACAGUGAGCAGAAAAUCGACUGAUCUCAUCACGUAAAUGCUGAUUUAUUUUUUUAUUUUACAGGGUCUCCAAUGGAUGACGAAAUUGCGAUGGGAGAGGACAAGAGUUGUGUAGUGAAAAACGAUGGCGGAAGAAACAAUUAUGUCAUCUAUCUGACCAAUGAACACGACUUUACUCAUACGAUAAUUGAUGAAUCAGAAACACUCGGGCAAAUUUACCUCGUUAAGAAAACAAAAUAUGGUAACGGAUAUUAUAAGAUUUCCCCUGACGAUAUUGGUUACGAUGAGGAAACGCAAACCAUAGUGAUCUUCAUGAAAGACAAUAAUGGUCUAAGGCAUACGUUCACUGGGAGGAUUAUUAUCAAACGAACAAAACCAGGCGAUGUUAAAGAGAUGAGGCUUUAUCUGGCUGACCCCGAAGGCCAACCACAAGUUAAAUGCAACAUUAAAAGCUUAGAUGAUGAAAACCUUGACUGUUCGUUGAGUUAUGCACUGGGGCAUACCUCGAUUAACAGAGGAAUUGGAAGUCGAAAUCAUGAAUGGUAUAUUGAUGAUCGACCUGUGCCAAGCGUCCCGUUUCAUUAUUAUCUGGAUACCGAUUUAAAAGCUGAUCCAAUUCCUGGCCUUUGUGGAGACUUCGUUAUUUCGUUUGGUUCUUUUAGAGGGGAUCGUCCUUCUGGUGGAAGUAAGGAAUUCUCUCUGCAACUACCAAAAAAUUCCUUUAUUGCCAUUGAUGAUGAAUUGAUGGACUGGGUUAAAGACUGGCGUGCACAAUAUCUUGUCUACUAUCUGAAGUCAGAAAAGAAGCUGGUAUACGAACAUCGUGUGGGUGAUUUAACAGAUGCAUCGUAUACAGUCAAAAUUCAUGUCCCAGAAGCAAAACGCAUUGUAUUCGGGACAACUGGAAAUCAUCAACUUCUUUUAGAUCUGAAGCACGAUGAUAGGCCAGCAGUAAAUUUGGGCAGUGAAUAUCUGGGUUUCACUUCAAGACCACUUGAUGAUUACACUUUUACAGGGAAUUUCGCUGAUGCAAGCCCGCAGCCCAAACAACUUGUUAUUGGAGUCCCUGCGAAAAAGGCUACACAGAAAAGAUGGAAAAUAGUGUUUGGCAAAGCCACAACGUACGCUGGAGAAAAACUAGAAACAGAAAACCGAGAAGCAACAGGCGAUUACUCAGAAAAUGCAUUGAUUGUGAGUGAUACUCUUUGGGCGUACCUUUCAAGAGAUGGAAAUGAGGUGCGUAUAAUCUUUAGACCGUCUAAAAGAAGGGAAAACAGCUGGAAGAUUACAGUCAAGAAAGGGUCGCAAAGAAUCCACCAAGCUCGAGUUGAUGGGGCAAGUACCCUUGCUUACCAUGAGGGAUUGGUGAGAAGCAACCUUUAUGACCUUGUGAAUGAAGAAAAGAGAGAGUUUGAUCUUUAUGAAGUCUGGAAGGAAGAAAUGGAGACCCUUCAGAGGGAUAUCAUUGAUGAAGCUAACAGGUGCCGAUAA